ACCUCGCUUACCACAAAUUAAUUUUUGAGAACGCCCCCAGAAAAAGAACGAAGUGAAAACGCAAAAGGAAGGCCAUGAGAUUGUAAGAGGCAUUGUUCAUUUCCUCGGUAGGGAUGCUGGUCCAAUAGGAAAAAGCGGAAGUGGCGAAGGCACGCAAGCAGAGAAAAGGCGCUUGAGGGCAAGGACGGUGGAAAUUUGAAAAUAUCUCAAUUUGGAUCCACUUGAGCUGGAGCGAAUCCGAGACCAAUUUCCUUGGCGCCGACUCGACGGUGAGGACUGAGGAAGCAGAGGCAGUCAAUAAUCGACCGAGAAACUAAGAAAAAUUCUUUGAUGACGUUGUCCGCCAGCGUUUCCUUGUUUCUACGACUUCUUCGACAAUCGAGACUAAAUUACACGCUCUUCAAGAGCGCGUGUACGCAGUCCACAUACCAACAAUGCCAUGGCUCCAUGGCUGAGUAGCGAGCUCUCGAAAAAAAAAAUGAAAAAUGCGUAAUCACCUCUCAAACAGCAACUGAGGGUAUUUACGUAAACUGAGGGUUUCUUUUUUUUUUUUUUUUUUUUGCCGAGAAAAAAAAAAGCAACUGAGGGUAUUUACGUAAACUUAACGGAUGUAGAUGUUGUAUAAAUUUAGUUUCGGCAAACCCUACUUUACGCUCUGCUCCCUGUUUGUGUCGCGGCCGGGUUCUAUAUUCAGUUUUAACAUUUUCAAGCCAAGAUUUCAUAAUGGGCAAGGAAAAGGUUCACAUCAACAUUGUGGUCAUUGGUCAUGUCGACUCAGGCAAGUCGACCACCACUGGCCACUUGAUCUACAAGCUUGGGGGUAUUGACAAACGUGUUAUUGAGAGGUUUGAGAAAGAAGCUGCUGAGAUGAACAAGCGAUCGUUCAAGUAUGCUUGGGUGCUCGACAAGCUCAAGGCAGAGCGUGAGCGUGGUAUCACCAUUGAUAUUGCCUUGUGGAAAUUUGAGACCACCAAGUAUUACUGCACAGUCAUUGACGCCCCUGGACACCGUGACUUUAUUAAGAACAUGAUCACUGGAACCUCCCAGGCUGAUUGUGCCGUUCUUAUCAUUGACUCUACCACUGGUGGUUUCGAAGCUGGUAUUUCCAAGGAUGGACAAACCCGUGAGCAUGCUCUCCUUGCCUUCACCCUUGGUGUCAAGCAAAUGAUUUGCUGCUGCAACAAGAUGGAUGCUACAACUCCAAAAUACUCAAAGGCAAGGUAUGAUGAAAUCGUGAAGGAAGUCUCUUCCUACCUGAAGAAGGUUGGAUACAACCCUGACAAGAUUCCUUUCGUCCCCAUCUCUGGAUUUGAGGGUGACAAUAUGAUUGAGAGGUCCACCAACCUUGACUGGUAUAAGGGUCCAACCCUUCUUGAUGCCCUUGAUAUGAUCCAGGAGCCCAAGAGACCUACAGACAAGCCCUUGCGUCUUCCACUACAGGAUGUCUACAAGAUUGGAGGCAUUGGAACCGUGCCUGUGGGUCGUGUCGAGACUGGUAUUAUCAAGCCUGGUAUGCUUGUGACUUUUGGUCCCACAGGAUUGACCACUGAAGUUAAGUCUGUUGAGAUGCACCAUGAGGCUCUCCAAGAGGGUCUUCCUGGAGAUAAUGUUGGCUUCAAUGUGAAGAAUGUUGCAGUCAAGGAUCUCAAGCGUGGGUUUGUUGCCUCAAACUCCAAGGAUGACCCUGCCAAGGAGGCAGCCAACUUCACAUCCCAAGUUAUCAUCAUGAACCACCCUGGCCAGAUUGGAAAUGGCUAUGCCCCUGUCCUUGAUUGCCACACCUCCCACAUUGCUGUCAAAUUCGCCGAGAUCAUCACCAAGAUUGACAGGCGUUCUGGUAAGGAGCUUGAGAAGGAGCCCAAGUUCUUGAAGAAUGGUGAUGCCGGAUUUGUUAAGAUGAUUCCCACAAAGCCAAUGGUGGUCGAAACUUUCUCCGAGUAUCCCCCACUUGGUCGUUUUGCUGUCAGGGAUAUGCGUCAAACUGUGGCUGUUGGUGUCAUCAAGAGCGUAGAGAAGAAGGAUCCUUCUGGAGCCAAGGUGACCAAGUCUGCAGCUAAAAAGGGUGUCAAGUGACUUGUGCGGUUUGGGGUUUCUGCAAAUGAAGGCCAUUAUCAAAGUUGUCACAGUAAGGAUUGGGUUCUUGCCAGUUAUCUAUCCAUUAGAAGUAAGUGUUCGUUUUGUUGGCUAUAGCUUCAAGUCCGCAGUCAUCCCGUAGGUACUGGUCACAGAACUGGGUGCUUGACCGGCGGCGGUGGCUGGACUGCCAUCCUUGUGAUAAUAUAUCUUUUGUCGUUGGUACUGUCUUGUGAGACUUUUAUUUCUUAAGCAGCAAUGGGGUUUUUUAGGUCUGUGCCUUGGCUGCCGGGAUGCUUUCCAUUUACAUUCAUAAUAUAUCAAAUUUUUGCCUGUGGUAUUUGAAGCUACCUCGCUCUGCUUUGUUAAUUUUGCUGCAUGCAGCUGCUGGUUAGUUUUUUUGUACACUGCGUGCUUUUUACCAGCUUCUUAGUAGAUUGAUCAGCGGGUGGGUGUUUUA